AUGGCUGCUGGACUCGGAAGCUCUUCAUACUACGAUAGACGACAUAGGCAAACUCCCGCCCUCAUCCGAGCAAGGCGGCCUUACCUCUUCAAGAAUGCCGUAGUUGGAUCUGCCGUCGCCGCCUUCGCCGUUGGCGUCUAUAUAUACACAAUCAACGUCAUCGGACAAGAUGAAUUCGAAGAUGUUAAAGUCCCGAGCGCGCCGAGUCAACCCGAGCAGAAAUAA